AAUCCUUCUUCAACCUUCUACUUUCUGGAGGGGCACCUUCAACCUGGUCCGCGGUGCACUGGCAGUGGCUCCAUUUGUUAGAAAAAAAAGAAGUAGAGAUAACACUUUGAAAUAGACACUAUGUCCUUCCUGACUCUCCACAGGCUAGCGCCUAAACUUCUCAAUUCAAAGAAUGCCACAUACUUAUUUGUGGCAGCUAGGAAUGCCACUGCAUCAACAACAAAUCUGAAGGAUGUGUUGGCAGACCUCAUCCCAAAAGAACAGACCAGGAUUAAGAACUUUAAACAACAGUAUGGCAAAACAAACAUAGGUCAGAUCACUGUUGAUAUGGUCUAUGGUGGUAUGAGAGGAAUGAAGGGUCUGGUAUAUGAAACAUCUGUGUUGGAUCCAGAGGAGGGCAUCCGUUUCAGAGGCUACAGCAUUCCAGAGUGUCAGAAGUUGCUGCCUAAAGCUCCAGGCGGUGAGGAGCCACUGCCCGAGGGCCUCUUUUGGCUGCUGAUAACGGGACAGAUCCCAACGGAGGAGCAGGUGAACUGGGUGUCCAAAGAAUGGGCGAAGAGAGCAGCACUCCCCUCUCACGUUGUCACCAUGUUGGAUAAUUUCCCCACAAACCUGCACCCCAUGUCUCAGUUCAGCGCCGCCAUCACAGCUCUAAACAGUGAGAGCAGCUUUGCACGGGCGUACUCUGAGGGAGUGCACAAGUCCAAGUACUGGGAGUUCGUCUAUGAAGACUCCAUGGACUUGAUUGCCAAGUUGCCCUGCAUCGCUGCUAAGAUCUACCGCAACCUUUACCGCGAAGGCAGCAGCAUCGGCGCCAUCGACUCCAACCUGGACUGGUCCCACAACUUCACCAACAUGCUGGGCUACAGCGACGCCCAGUUCACCGAGCUAAUGAGGCUCUACCUCACCAUCCACAGUGAUCAUGAAGGAGGCAACGUCAGUGCCCACACCAGCCAUCUAGUGGGGAGCGCCCUCUCUGACCCCUACCUGUCCUUCAGCGCAGCUAUGAAUGGUCUGGCCGGUCCUCUUCAUGGUCUGGCCAAUCAGGAAGUGCUGGUGUGGCUGACCGCCCUGCAGAAGGAGCUUGGAGGAGAAGUAUCUGAUGAGAGGAUGAGGGAUUACAUCUGGAACACACUCAAAUCUGGAAGGGUGGUUCCCGGCUACGGCCAUGCGGUCCUCAGGAAGACUGACCCACGGUACACCUGUCAGCGCGAGUUUGCCCUGAAACAUCUGCCCAAUGACCCCAUGUUCAAGUUGGUGGCCCAGCUUUACAAGAUUGUGCCCAACGUGCUCCUGGAGCAGGGAAAGGCCAAGAACCCCUGGCCCAACGUGGACGCCCACAGUGGAGUUCUCCUGCAGUACUACGGCAUGACGGAGAUGAACUACUACACCGUCCUCUUCGGUGUGUCCCGGGCCCUCGGCGUCCUCGCCCAGCUGGUGUGGAGCAGAGCCCUCGGCUUCCCCUUGGAGCGCCCCAAGUCCAUGAGCACGGAGGGACUGAUGGGUCUGGUCGGCACCAAAUCGGGCUGAAAGCGACGCCUCAGAGGAGCCGUGGGGGGGUUUAGCAACGAGGGCUGAGACGACGUCAUCCGUUGAGCCCUUUUUUUUCUCGUCGUUUCAAACCCCGGGGAUUUAUUGGGAUUCAAAGAGACAGUACGCUUUUAAUGUUAUUUCACUAAAGAAGGGCCUUUUUAAAUUGUCACACCAGUAACGUUGAAGUGUGUUUAGUUAACCACUGUUGCCCCGUCGUGUCCGCACGUUUAUCUUGAGAGGAACAAAGUGUAGACGUAAGUGGGCUCUAACUAUUUUUUCAGUCCAGGUCUGCUAGAUUUUUUUUUUUUUUUUUUUUUUCCCCUGAGCGCUGCCUGCAGGGUUCGCAUGGAGCACCGAGCCUGAGCCGCGAACAGGCAGCGGCUUUCACGGGGAACUGUGGGAGUGAACCACACUUCAUAGAUAUUUGCUAAAAUGUCCCUCAAACCAUUUCAAACUUAAAAGUUUUCUGUCCAAGAGAAACGCAUUAGCUGUCCAUCUUUGUGUUCUAUGCAAUUUUUAUUUUUCCCCCCAUACAGAUAAUUAGUGUGUUUCACUCCCACACAUGAACACUCCAGUUUAAAAUAACUAAAUUAAAAAAAGGUCCUAAACCCAAUUUGUGAUCUGCUGAAGAAAUUUGAUUUAAUAAUUGUUUAAAAAAAAAUAAUAAAAAAAUCUGUUAAAAGAUACUGCCCCUUUAAAUCUUUGAUCUCCUGUUUCUCCUGCUUGUAUUUUUUUUCUUUUUAAAUAAAUGACCUCGGUUACCUCUAUGAUCAAAAUGCCUGUCUGCAUAAUAACAUCUUUUUUUUUUUUUUUUUUUUAGCAUUUCAGUUUUUAAUGAGCUUCUACUGAAAGGGUCUUAAGAAUUGUAGAAGAGGAAGAAUGUACGCCAACUGUGUGACAAAUUUGACUAAAUAUGGUGUUGUAAUUGCCUGUAAUAAAUCCUUAAGAGCAAGCUUGAGAUAAAAAAGAAGGAAAAAAAAGGUUUGAUAGGGAGGCUUUGUAGUUGUCUCUGUGUAUUUUAAUCUGUAAAGUAAAUCCCCCACAGGAGAGCGCUUUGACAUCGACUACUCCAAAACGAGCACUUGCUUGACUGGGUUUCCCAAUCUGUAGCAAUUAGAGCCCUUCCAGGUUGAUUGUGUAACUUUUUACAGGUUUAUUUGUGUUUAAAAAAAAAAAUGUAAAGAGGCAAAUCUUCAGGUUCUCGUUUUGUGGUUUUAUUUAUACUUUGUGUACAUAUAUAUACCUAUGUAUAGCUUGAAUGUAUGAGCUCUACGCGAUCACCUGCUUGUUAGAACCACAAUGAGUCCCACAGUUUACCGGCGACGUAAUCAGGGUGUCCAACGUCUCAUUCUGACAAUGAACAAAAAGAUAAAACUGCAGCUAUCCUGUAAAUACAUUUUCUUGCUUAGCUGGUGCUGUCUUCUUCUCUUUUUCUUUUUUUUUUCUUUUUUUUCUCUUCCAGAUGUUUCAAGCUUGCUCUUAAGUGCUGGGUUUUUGUCAACACUCCAUGUUUGUGAUGUUUCUGUUCCUGCGUUUUUAUUUCUCUUUCCUCCUCCUCCUCCUUCCCCCCCCCAACAACAAAACUGUCGGUAGUUCGCACAAGCGUUUGAUUCAGUACCGCCGUUAUUUCAGGCUUAGUCGGGCAUCUUGUUGUGUGUUUUCUUGUGUUCUUCCAUGCAUCGGGUGGCUCUUGAGAUGUGGUCAUUUUGGUCGUAGAGGGCGACAAAGGUUGUGUGUAACGGGGCGAACUGAUGGUUUCACCGGAGAGAGACGCUGUAGGGGAUAUAGCUGGACGGGUCAAAUGGGCAAAACGAUAAGCUUGAAAAAAAUAAAAAAAAGCAAUUGUUGAAAAACCUAACAAAAAAAAGGAAAAAUAAAGGUUUUUAUUAACA